CUUUUUUCCCGACUCUUUCCUCCGUGACUCGUCUUGUUUCUCGUCUUGUAACUCACAACUCGACGUCCAAUUACCGGUGCUCACUUGCCCGGUCAACCAACUGCUCAAAUGGCAAAGCUAUGGCCUCGGAAGGAGGGUCUGAAGGAUAUCACUCGCCCACGACCGACGCCGCAUGUCUACCUCCAGAUAUACGAACGGGAUGAGCAGGAUGCUAUUGACGACUUGAUCGCUCAGGUCCUCCCCGGAGCGCCUAAAGGCUCCUCGGACCACUAUCUAAGGGGAGCAGAGACGUGUAGACAUAUCCUGUUGCUGAGGCGGAUGAGGUUUCUGCGGAUAUACAAGGGAUUCGUUGAGGGCGACUUGGAUCUCUCAGGUCGACAUCCAGGUCGAUGGGAGGAGUAUAUUGGGGAGUUUGAAGAGUUUAUGAGGGAUUUUAGUGCAUUGGCUCCUGUGAUACAGCCUGUGGAGACGAUUCAUACGACGUCUUCGGGGCAGGAGAUCCCGAUUGUGUCGUAUGGGAUCUUGCGUGAGGGGAUGGAUGCGUAUCGGUCGUUUGCUAUGCGGUGGGACAUCGAGGAGGCCAAUGCAUUUUUGAACCUUUCGCAAAUAAUUCUCGUCUAUAAACUUUGGGAGCGAAAGUUGGAACCCAAGUUCCAGAGGUUGAAUUUUUUGGACCUGCCGGGCGACGUUCUUGAUUUGAUCUUGGAGGAGUGUGCACGGGAGGACUUGUUCUCGCUGUCGAUGACUUGCAAGGCGAUGGACUGGGUCAAGGUUCAUUGUCUUCGGGAAAUGACCUUCAUCCUCGGAAAAGAAGAUAUGGAACCAAUAGCGAUCGAUUUUGCUUCCCCCGCCAUUCCUCAACUCCUACCGCACCUCAUCAAGAGCCGGGACAAAUGCGUAGAACGUAUCCGAGAUAAACGCAAUUCACCACACGAGUGUCACCUCAUCAGAAAACUCUGGAUCGACUUGAGCUGGAAUUCGCGGUUUAUUUCUCCGGGGUUCUUGGUGGUGUCGCAGGGUUUCCACCCGAUUGACGAAGCUGUUCAGAAGCCGAUAUUCGAACCUAUCUAUGAAGAGGUUCGUCGGCUACUGGAACCGACCGUCACUCCUCGACUUUCAUCGCUAUCCUUGACGCUAGUCCGGUUACACUUGAAGGAUGUCCGGACGAUAUGCCAGAUUGAAACGCUCCAGUCGAUGUCGCUUUUCUAUUGCAGCUUUACUAGCGAAGUCAUCACGUCCCUGAUGGAAGGGACGGAGACCUUUGUCUGCAACGUCAAGAACCUCCACCUCAAGUUCAACGACCACCUAGAUCUUGGAGACACACUGUGGCAUGCACUGUGCUUCUGCCCGGUCGUUCGGAAUCUUUCCCUCCUCGACGGCGGAUUCUCGAUGUUCGAAGACCAAGUCAACUUCCCCGAGGAACCUCUAUGGUCUAAAUUCCAGUGCAUACACACUCUAGAGCGGCUCUCCCUGACAGGCCUCCACAUCCCGCACGGCCACCGCUUCAUCCGCUGGGUCCUCACCCGCCGCGGUUCACCGAGCAUCGACGCCAACGGGGACCCCAACCACCAACUCAACCUCACCCACUUCAAGAUCAGCAACGCGCGCAACAUCCCCGACCAAGUCAUGUACUACUUUAUCUGGCUCCUCCGCUCGGACAAGAUCAAAGCCUUCACAUUGGACGCUGUGGAAAGCGUUUCAGCUGGCCCGUAUUUGAUCGAGAGGUUGGCGGAGUAUUAUCCGAAUGUGGAGAGUUUGAAGGUGACGAUGAGGGCGAGUGAUCGGCAGAGAGUGCUUAAGCCUGCUGUGUGGCCUGGGGAGCUUUGGGAGUAUGCGGAGGUGUUUGAGGAUUUUAGGGCGUUGAGGCAUUUUGGGUGGAAUCAUGUUGUUCCGAUGAGUGCGCCUACGCCUGCGCCUCUUUUGCAUUUUGAACGAUUGGCGGAGGAUGGAGGUGAAGGGGAGGAGGAUGGUCCUGAAGGCGGAUCUGGGAAGGAGGCAAAGGGGAAGGAGUCCAAGUGGAGGUGCACCGAGGACGAAUUGUUCUUUGACGAUUACCACCUUACUGCGGCGGCGUUUGCUGCGUCCUGUCCGACCCUCAAGACCUUUGUUUCGAAUGAUCUCAGGACGUCACCGAUAUGUGAAGUCGUGCGGGAUUGGAAGGGGCGGCCUGUGAGGAUGGAGGGUGUCCCGAUACGGUGUCUUCGGAGUCGGACUGGGAGGGAGGAUUUGAUGGAGGAUGAUCUGGAUUAUGAUUGUCGGUUGCAGAUGUGGCCGGACAUUCUGGAGUAG